GCUUUUUUUUCUUUUCUUUUUUUUUCUGUAGCUUCAAAGUAAGUGAGAGAGAGAGCGGAGAGUUCCCGGUGUUCUCACAUGUUCCUCCCAGCCAUGCCGUGCCCGCUCCGUACCCGCUGUGUCCUCCUAGCCGCCCUUCUCCCUCUCCUCAGCCCGCUCCAUGGAUUUAACCUGGCGGUGGAUGAGCCCGCUACCUACUCCGGACCGCGGGGCAGCUUGUUCGGCUUCUCCGUGGACUUCUACCUACCGGACCCGCAGAGUGUUAGUGUUCUGAUUGGAGCCCCCAAAGCAAACACAAGUCAGCCAGAUGUGUCAGAAGGAGGAGCAGUGUAUUAUUGUCCCUGGCAGAGAAAUGACAGCGAUUGCACUCCAAUCCCAUUUGAUACAAAAGGUGACCGCUUUCAUGAUUUCCCGACCAAAGAUCUGAAUUCAACAACUUUGGAACAGGUGGACUAUAAAUCUGGCCAAUGGUUUGGCGCAACUGUUCGAUCGCAUGGCAACUCUAUACUGGCUUGUGCCCCAAGGUACAGCUGGAGAACAAUAAAAGAUGAAAUACGUCGUGACGUGGUGGGCACCUGCUACUUGUCGUCGGACAACUUUACCAAUAUUGUGGAAUACUCACCUUGCCGCACAGAUGCCGCUAGUGAUGAUACUGAUACCGGUCAGGGAUUCUGCCAAGGUGGCUUCUCUGCAGAGUUUACAAAGAGUGGAAGAAUAUUAUUGGGUGGACCUGGCAGUUAUUUUUGGCAAGGUCAGGUGAUAACGGCAACACAGGAUGAUAUCCGGAAAUAUUAUUACCCAGAAUACUUUAUCUUGGAAAUUAAAGGGCAGAUGCACACGCGCCAGGCACAUGGCUCUUAUGAUGACAGUUACUUAGGAUAUUCUGUUGCAGUUGGUGAGUUCAGCGGAGAUGACAUCGAGGAUUUCGUGGCUGGCGUCCCAAAAGGAAACAUGACUUUUGGAUAUGUAACUAUUCUGAAUGGCACUAAUCUGAAAUCCUUAUAUAACUUCUCAGGAGAGCAAAUGGCUUCAUACUUUGGUUAUGCUGUGGCAGCCACUGACCUCAACAAUGAUGGAUUGGAUGACCUGAUAAUAGGUGCUCCUCUGUUCAUGGAGAGAACCCAUGAUGGCAGAAUUCAGGAGGUGGGACGUGUCUAUAUCUACCUACAAGAUUACAAUAUGUCCAGUACUCCAUCCAUGGUCCUAACUGGACAGCAUGAAUAUGGCCGCUUUGGUAGUUCCAUUGCUGUUUUGGGAGAUUUGGAUCAAGAUGGAUUUAAUGAUAUCGCCAUCGGUGCCCCAUUUCAUGGCGAGGACAGCAGGGGUGCAGUGUUUAUCUUCAAUGGUAAUGCUGCCGGCCUGAACCCUAAACCUUCCCAGGUUCUAGAAGGGAUGUGGGCAAGUUCUGUGGAGCCUGCAUUCUUUGGUUUUUCCACUAGAGGAGGGAAAGACCUUGAUGGCAAUGGUUAUCCAGACCUUAUUGUGGGUGCAUUUGGCGUUGAUAAAGCUUUAGUAUACCGUGGACGUCCAAUUGUUCAUGCCAGCGCCUCUCUAGCCAUCUCUUCAACUAUGAUAAACCCAGAGGAGAAGACCUGCAUGAUUGAGAAUACAAAUAUCACGGUAUCGUGUGUAAACCUCAGUUUCUGCCUGAAUGCUUCAGGAAAACACGUGCCUAAUACGAUCGGGAUUAAUGUGGAGCUGCAGCUGGACUCUAUGAAGCAGCGAGGAGCUGUAAGGAGAGCAUUGUUCCUAAAAUCCGGCCUUCCCCACCUUACACAGAAUGUACUCUUGCGCAAUGGAGGCCAGGAGCAAUGUAGUGAGAUGAAGAUCUACCUUAAGGAGGAGUCCUCUUUUCGGGACAAGCUCUCUCAAAUUUUUGUCUCUCUGAACUUCUCCCUGGAUUCACAGGCACCUCCUGAUGCUCAUGGGUUAUUGCCAAUCUUCAAUUACAAGACUAAGAACCAUAUUGAACAAAAGGUUCAGAUUCAGCUAGAUUGUGAUAAUAACAUCUGUGUACCAGACUUGAAGCUUAAUGUCUCCAGUGAUCGAAAAUCAGUAUAUCUGGGUGAUGAGAACUUCCUGACAUUACUGUUUAAUGCAAUAAAUGACGGAGAAGGGGGAGCAUAUGAGGCCGAGCUCUAUGUUGUCAUACCCGCAGAAGCAGAGUACAGCGGUAUUUUGCGAAACAAUGAAAACCUCUCUUCUUGGUCUUGUCGCUAUGAAGUUCAGAAUGAGACCCGCUUGGUCAUUUGUGACCUUGGAAACCCCAUGAAAUCUAUGACCAGUUUGUUGGGUGGACUGAGGUUCACUGUGCCUCAUUUGCGGGACACAAGUCGGAAGGUGCACUUUGAGAGUCAGAUUCGCAGCAAAAAUGUCAAUAACUCCCAAAGUGAACUUGUGCAGCUAGCAAUCAGUGUUGAAGCCCAUACGUCUGUGACAUUUUUGGGGGUUUCAAAGCCAGACAGUGUGAUAUUCCCACUUGCGAACUGGAAGCAAAAUAAAAAUCCCACCCAAGUGGAAGAUGUAGGCCCAGAGGUCAAUCAUGUAUACGAGUUGGCCAACCUUGGACCAAGCUCUAUUAGCCAUGGUACCCUAACUCUGAUUUGCCCAAGGGUUCACAAUAAAGAUCAACUGAUGUAUGUCAUGAACUACUCCGUGCAAGGAUUGGGGAACUGUACAGCUAAACCAACUGUUAAUCCAUUUCAGCUGCAGUAUUCAACAGUGCAAGGUUCUGCGAAGCCUGGACAUCAUGUAGAGCGAAGAGACACCUCCAAAAUCCCUGCUAGUGGAUCACAUAUACUGAAAUGUCAUCAUCAUGAAGAUUGCUUUAACCUUAGCUGUGAUGUCCUGCCACUAGAAAAACAGCAACGGGCUAUUCUUAAAGUCCAUUUCCGUGUAUGGGGUGAUACCUUUAUGCAGAAAGAGAACCAGGGUUUUGUUCUACAGUGUGAAGCAAAAUAUCGAAUUGAACGACUUCCAUACAAAAUCGAACCUGCAACUUAUCCCCAGGGGACACAUCAGGUCAACACAACUAUCCAUUGGCUAAAGCCAGAGAGUAGUUAUGGGGUUCCACUGUGGAUAAUAAUACUGGCUAUUUUAAUUGGUCUCUUGCUGCUUGCAUUACUCAUCUAUGUUCUCUAUAAGCUUGGCUUCUUUAAGCGCUCUUUGCCAUAUGGAACUGCUAUGGAAAAAGCUGAACUCAAGCCUCAGGCUGCCUCCGAGGCCUAGACAGAUCUACAGCCUUAUCCCUUGCACUGCCAAAGAAUCUUCGAAAGGGAAGGGGAAAGAACAGUUGCAACUCAUCUUUUGCAGUUGACACUACAAUGACUGGGAGGAAGAGGGGAAAAAAUGGCACGUUCUCCAAAUUUUUCUCUGAGUGUUAUCAAAGAACCUUGUUACCUUGAGGACAUUCUGACUGAAUCACUGAGGCUUCUACUAAAGGCGAAAUAGUUGGAUAAUAAGUGACCUUAUUUUGAAGGCAAUAUAAAAUCAUUACUUUCUCUUCAGAUCGUCCAAAGCAAGAAUCUAGGUGAAAAUUGUACAGGCCUAUCCUGAACUAAACCACUUAUUUGGUGCUGGCUUUCACCUUUUUUGGUUCACUUACAAAUUUUCCUCCAAAGAAGCAGAAUUCAAGACUUGCCAAACUCCUUGGCCUCCCUCACUGUAAUGCCUCACCUUCUCUUUGCUCCAAAUGACUGGGACUCUGAGAAAAAGAAUAACCAGUGACUGUAUAUUUGUUGACCGAAAAUGUUGGACCUGCUUCCAAAUUCUGGGGGGACUUGUUUUUUAUCGAAAAGUGUUUUAAUCUAAAUUGUAUUUCUCAAAGGAAAAUUGUUAACUUAUUGAGCUUCAGGCACAUAAUGUUUGUGCAGUUUUAUGCAAAUUUAUAUAGGGUUAGAGAAGAUUUUAAUUGUAGUACCUGAGUUUUAAGUGCCCCAAGAGCUGACAAUCUGGUUAAAGCUGAAGCUUGGUGAUCUAAACAGACAUGCAAGCGUGUAACUGUAAUGAUAAAAUCUUUUUAAUUGGAUGGCACAUUGGUAAAGGCGCAAAUGCUAAAUCGAUGCUAAUUUGGUAUUUUUUUUUUACACUACAUAUUUGGCCAAACCACUGUUUUUCCUUUCUCUUAAUGUAACCAAAUUUUGCAUUUCUCUCUACUGGGAGGUCUCGGCAAAUGUGCUUUGACGCCUGUGUUUGCAGAACUGUGUUACCAAAGGAUAGCUUCAAUCAGAUUUUAUGGAGCAAAAUCUUUCAGGGACAAUUUGGCAUGGCACUGCCUGUUGAAUACAGACUAGUUUGGCUGACCCCUCAAGAUUUGGGGGACUGAAAACUCAGGGGUUGUGUGCUACAAAAUGAAGCUCUACAAGAGGGCUUGAGACUUGGUUGCAGGGGUGAAAGACCUGUGACUUUUUUUUUUUUUUCUAAUGUACUAUGUACCAAGCACCGAAGAAAAGCUAGAAUCCAAGGAUUUCACACCAAAGUCACAAGUGCCUUAAACUGUGUUGCAGCUAUGGGGUCAUUUUAUGUACCUGACUGAGCACUGAUCUUGUUCUUAUUUGCAAAUCCUCCUAAGAUGACCACUGCAUUGCUCAGAAACGGUCAGUACAUCCUGGUGCUUUUUUGUGUUGCUUGGUUCCUUACCGUAAAGUGUUAUAAACACAUGAACACGAGGGCUUUGCUGAUAUUUAAAAUGUGUUGCAAGUGCAAUAAUGUGUUGUAGCUAUUUUAUUAAAUAUUUUUUUCUACUAUGUACUGUGUAUGAAGUGGGAUAUGGGGUUGGCUAUUAUAAGUUUUUGUUUGUUUUUAAUUUUAAACCGCUGAACCACUUUUGUGGCAGAAUUUGCACAUUACCUAUGAUAACCAUUUUUUGGCUUUUCUUUUAUGUCAAUUUUGAAGCACUGGAUGAGCUGGAUUGCCCUUGGGCAGCUGGCAAGAUCAUAUGCAUUAUGAAGAAUAUUAACAAGUGGCUAAAUGGCCGAAGUGUGCUCUUCAGCUUGACCCUGAGCCCAGAACAAAGUAACCUCAUUAUAUCCCCUUCACUUAUUUGGUUUACAACUGGGAAGAAUAGGCUUGCCUCUUCACCAGAAUUGCCCAUAAAGGGGUAGGGCUUGCUACAAGCCAAUAUUACUAGAACAGAAGUAGGAUGAUGCCAUUGCAUAAAAAGUGUUUGGUGUAUGUCUUGACAAACCACAUUUCUUUCGAGUUAUAUUUGGGUCAUAUUCAUGUAUCCAAGUACUGGGGAAAAAUGUGUGCAAGUUAUAUUGUACUGGGCAGAAGAGGUCAUGUUGGAGGAGCUUCAGUUUCUGACAGCUCUGGAAAUGGUCUUGCCAGCUCAUCUGUUGAACAUAAGACAAAUCUGAAUUCUGCGGUCUCUUUAAUUGAUUUGAGGCCUUCACUCUGGUUCAGGUUGCUGCACAAAUAGAAAAAAGUAAUAGCUAAUCACAUUCAAUUUGACUUGUUUGUGGUCAUGUUGAAGAUGUUUCGCCACUCAUCCAAGUUGCUUCCCAAAGUAUGCUACCCCCAGGCAUUUAUAGUUAAAUGGGCAAUUUGGUCAUGUUGAUCUAAUAGUAAUCACCAUGGAGUGUGUGAACAUUGCAAUAUGUCCAAUACAAUGUUCCAUGGUGAUUGGAUUAAGGUGACAGGAGUUGUCUGUGAAUCCUAAGGUAUGUUUUGGACACUCAUUAGAACUGAGUAAGUUACUUGGGUAAGUGGUGACAGGUCUGCAACAUUGUAGCACCAUUCCAGUUGUAUGUGACUAGUAUGAGUCCAGCCAUGGCCUGGAUAAAUGAGAACUUUCAGACAUGUCACUACAGACUGCACAAAUCAGAUGUGUGCUUGAUUUAAUGGAUGAGUCCACAGAAUCCUUUGCAGAGUCUAUGAAAUGUCCUGUGUGUGGAGGAUGCCCAGGAGGCUUCAUGCUACCUCUCCUCAUAUUUGCAGCAUAAUACCUGGUGGCCGAAGGUCUUCCUGAUGGUUGUCCAUCCUCAUACAUACAGGAGCUGGUAGUUUAUACAUGUGGUGGUCUGAUAUUGGCUAGUGCUUUUAAUGGAACACUAAUCAGUUCUGCUUCUCUCCAUAUAUAGCCAACCCUGUAUGGGGCUCAUAAUGUAGGAGUGUCCUAUCUGGUUGUACAUUUAUCAACUAUGCAAGAACAAUUCCAUUUGUGCUCUUACAAUCAGUAUUCCUGUGUGUUUUUUUUUUUUUCUCCCAUAUUGGGUGUUUUUUUUUUAUUCGUUUUUUUUUCCCCCUUUUUUUUCUGCUUUUGUCCUGAGGAUGAUUUCAGUCGGCUCCUUUUCUGCUGGAUCAGACUGGUAUGAGCUGAGCUAUUAGAAACGGAGGUGACUAGACACCCAAAAGGAUUUAGUAUGUAUUGUCUUUCUGUGUGUUGAGAGGGGGGUUGGCUGCCUUUCUCAGGGGUAUCAUACUGUAAUAAAACUUGUAAAACAAA